AUUUAAUAGCAUUCGUUCAUAACCUAUUUUAUAUUGCGAACAAAAUUAGUGGUUUAUACAAAUAGAUCGAAAUGAAUUCGAGUGAAGAGAACGAAGAUAUCCUGCAGAGACACCGGAAGGAGCGUAAAGAUCUCCAAGGAAAGAUCACUGCCCUGAAGAAGAGCAUUCCGAAGAACGACAAGAAAAAGAAGAAGGAAGUGUCGGAAAUCAUUGAGAAGCUCGAAAAGGAGCUGGAGGAGCGUCAGAAAGAGGAGUUGGCGGAGCAGCCCCAAAACGGCGGUGACAUUAGAGGUGACGUUGACGAUGUGGUGAAUGUGGAGAAUGGGGAUGCUUCAGAAGAAGUGGUCCAGGAGAAGAGGGUGUCCAAGGCUCAAAGGAGGCGCAACAAGAAGGAGGCUGAGGAUAAGGAAAGGGAUAAGAGGAUAGAGGAGCAGGAGAAGAUAAACAAGAAAGGACCCAGGGUGCAGGAGCUCAAUUCCAUUGUGGAAGCAUUAAAGAAAGACAAUUUACAAAUCUACGAUAUACCAGCAGAUGGUAACUGUAUGUAUUGUGCGGUGCAGCACCAAUUAGAGAUCACUGAUAGGGAAACCUACAACGUGGACCAACUGAGAUUAAUGACUGCCACUUUUAUCAGAGAGAACAAAGACGAUUUCAUCCCAUUCAUGUGUAAUGAUGAUGAGGAGCUUUUAAAUGAUGAACAAUUUGAGAAAUACUGCCAGAAUGUAGCUAAAACCAAAGUGUGGGGAGGGCAAUUGGAAUUACGCGCUCUCUCCAACGUUCUGAGCUCCCCAAUAAAAGUGAUUCAAUCCACUGGACCAACGACCAUACAAGGAGAGCAAUUCAAGGGAACACCAAUGACCUUAACAUACCACAGACAUCUCUACAGAUUAGGAGAACAUUACAACUCAACAUCGGCUUUACAAAAGGAAGAGGACAACUAGAAGUUCAAUUGUUUAUUCUUAAUAAUUAAUUAUUAACUGGAUGUUGACGAUUGCUGCUGCUGCUCCUCAUCCUCCUUAUGCUUGUUUGGGUCAUCUGGCUUCAUUGCUGGGAACAACAGUACCUCCUGAAAAAACAGAACGCAAUAAAAUAAUUUUACUUUUA